AUGUGUCUUGAUAAACAAAAAAGCAAUGUCCCAGUAGCCCAGUGGCUAACUACUCGGAAAACUGAAGCAAUUGUGUUCGAUUACGGUACAGAUUCAAGAGUCGGAUUCGGUUUCGCAUUCGGCAACCAUGCCGAUUUCCAAGUGAUGCUUGAGUUGGGGCCUCAGACUGAAACAAAGAAUUUGACUGGUACGGGUUUUGAAUCUACAAAUAGCAAAAGACAAGCGACUUUGCCUCCAUCGCCUAAACUAAAUAAGAACAGAGAAAAGUUUCUCCAAACGGAUGCUGGCAAGUAUCUCUCCAAUUGGGCGCAAAAAAUGAAGCAGCCCCCGAAAGUUGUGAAGACCUCCCCGAGACCUGGCGAAGUGCCAAACCUCGAGGACUCCGUGGUGGAACUAGUGAAGAACCAGCGAGGGGAAUACGAGAUACACCAGCCCAAGCCAGGAAACAUACCACAGAAAGUUUUGGAUGACUUAAAGAGAUUGUAUGGCGUGAAAAAAGAAGAAGCCAAGCGAUUAGGAGAACAGAAGAGAACACAGGAGGAAAUCAAGAAGAUCACAGAGGAUCUUUCUAAUGUAGACUUAGAUUGA